CGCGUGUGGGCGCAGUUGAAAACAUAAAUGGCGGGGGACGUGAGCAACCGUCAAAGAUGCACUGCGAUAAAGUAAAGGUGUUUGAUCGAUUAGCAGAACACUUUCGAAGGCGAAAAGAUGGGGCCGUAAAAUAAUUACACGAAUACCAUAGCCAAGCAAGUGUAAACUCAAACGAGCAACGUUUUGUGUUCAACACGAUUGUGGACUUCCUCUGUUUAUUGCUAUCCAACGCACCCACCGAGUGCCUUUUCUUUAUUUCAAUAAUAAUUUACCGUUAUAAGAUGCAUAAGAUAACAACACUCAAUUAGUGUAUUUAUAUAUACUGUACGUUGCUGGCUGUGUAACUUACCGUGAAGGCUGAUGCGAUGUCUAAUGGCAAAGUCAUUCCAAACACUCCGCUGGCUGUUGACUUCUGGAAAGUUCGCAAGUGUCCAGAGACGCGACUCUUCUUCCUGUCUCAUAUGCACAGCGACCACACGGUAGGUCUCACGUCCACCUGGGCAGACCGACCCAUCUACUGUUCACCUGUCACCGCCUCUCUGCUCAGAGUCAAACUGGGGGUGAAAGAGCAGUGGAUCCACCCAUUGGAACUUGGUGACUCGUACCUUCUGCCUCUGGAUGACAUUGGCAAAGAAAACAUGACAGUCACGUUGAUCGAUGCCAACCACUGUCCAGGGGCUGUCAUGUUCCUUUUUGAGGGCUACUUUGGUUCCAUACUGUACACUGGUGACUUCAGAUAUUCCCCGUCAAUGCUGCGUGAGCUGUGCCUUGCUACAAGCGCCACAAUCAAUGUUCUGUACUUGGACAACACCAACUGUGACCCCAACCGCAUCAUCCCCACUAGAAAGCAAGCCACUCAGCAAAUUAAGGAGAUCAUCCGCAGCCACCCCGACCAUAAUGUUGUCUUAGGUCUCUAUGCACUGGGCAAAGAGUCCCUCCUGGUGGAUCUGGCCAUGGAAUUUCAGACUUGGAUUGAGGUGAGCUACGACAGGAUGGAGACCCUCAAAGUGCUUGAGCUGCCUGACGUUUUCAGCACCGACCCGGGUGCUGGACGUAUCCGAGUUGUAGAGCAGAGAGAGAUUUCCUUUUCUACCUUGUGCCAGUGGAACAAUGAACACCCCACGCUAGCCAUCUAUCCCACCAGCAGGCCCCUGAUCUCCUUUCACCCCAAAGUCCAUGUGGUGCCCUACUCAGACCACUCCUCUCAUCAAGAGCUGAUGGACUUUGUGUCCGGACUCAAACCUUCAUCUCUUGUGCCUAUUAUAGGAAACGGCAUUCCGGGAAGCCUGUCGGCCUUACUCCCCAGCAAAAGGCAUGAUGAAAUCUUGGUGCCUGAGUCAGUGCGACACUACAUGAGGAGGCUGCCUGAAAACAAUGUGAAAUCAUCAGCAUCUUCCAAUUUUCAUCGCCAACAUGUCAGACCACUUCGCCCUAAAGGAGUGGUGUUUGACUCUCCUGUAAGUUUAGCCAAGUUGGGCUGGGGGGUGGGGCGUCUGGAUCAAGAGUCUUCCUCUGAAGACGAGGAGGAGAUGGACAUAGAGUGUGUUGAAAAACAUUGUGAUUCUAUCCUUGGCGAUUCCAGCAAGAAACUCACCCCUUAUAAAAACAAACGUGAACCUGUCGUCCCGUGGAGCAUCAAUAUUGUCCAGACCAUCCCAGAGGAAAUGUUGAUGGCACAGUCCAUGACGCUCAGUCAACUCAGUCAGAGCAACUUUGCACCUGUGAAGAUCCUGAGGAACACGAAUGCCUGCUUGAGGCCGCUUUGGAGUACAAAAGAGACCAUCGAUGAUACGGCUUCAAAUGGGAAUCAUACUCCGCCUUGCAGUUAUCCACAUGUUGUUGACAGCACACCAUUGUCAGAUGAUGACAGCAUAAGUGAGUCUGAAGGACAAGAACUUGAUCACGACACGCAGCAAGACACUAAUCACGGUGCAAAAGACAACAACAGUGAAUCUUUGUUCCAAUCAAGUCUUGAUAACAAUCCCUGCUCUUCGUCAAGCUUCUUGUUAGAAGAGACUUACACAGAACAGCUUGAAAACAAGAUUUUGGAUGAUCUUGUCUUCACAGCAGAGGACUUGAAGGUCUGCUGCCUCCUGAAGAAAAGUGUUGUGCAGAGGUUUGUUAUUUGUCCUGUACACAAGCAAAAUGUGCCAACAUCUCUGCCAAAAUGACUGGAUGUCCACAUACAGUGGUACCUCGGUUUUUGUUAUUAAUCCGUUCCAAAGUGUCCGUGGAAAAUGGAAUUGUAUGAAAAAUGAAUAAAUUAAGAAAUAAUAUAAAUCCAGUCAACCCGUUCCAGACACACAAAACCCAUUUUGUGAAUAAUCAUAGUUUUACAUACAGAAAACAAUGUGAAAUACAUACAAACGGUCAAUAAAAUAGGAUAAAUGAACAUUUAUUGAACUCUUGUUGACAAAGACACCGAUGAGCGGAGGAGGAGAAGAAGCGAGAGCCACACAGACAACACCUUUAUGUUUUACUACGACUUCUUUCUUGUAUUCUGCACUUGCAUCUUUCUUUGGCUCUAUGGUGGGCUGUUUUGAUGAAUGAUUCAAUGCAGGCCAAAAUGGCAAGUUUGUCUAACAUUCUCAUUUGAGUUUGCCAAAUGAAUGAUCCUUACAGGAUACGGUAUUAUUGUGUAAGCUAUUGAUUUGGUGUUGGGUGUGUGAUCAAAAGAUGGCUGAAUAAAUAAUGCUAUUAACGUGCCAAAGGGUGUACUGUAAUACAACAGGCUGUUAUGCACAGUAUUGUACGAUAACCGGGACAGUGUACAAGAACAGAGGGAGCAAGGGAGACUUGAAAAUAAAAUAAAAAAGAUAUCACUUAAGUUUGUCUUUCAUAUGUGUUUUUAUAAUGUUCUCCAAUGUAUGAAAGUUUCUCAUUGCCUUUCUGUUUUUAAUUAUCAACUUCAGAGGCUCAUAUAUUUUAAGUUCAGAAUAAAAUCCAUUUAUAUGACAUCACUGGAUUUAUGAAUAUGGAAUUUGUGGUGGUGUUGAAACAUCAUACAGAAGAGAGGUGGCGGACCUCAUAGCUUGGUGUCGUGAUAACAAUCUCCUUCUCAAUACAGAUAAGACUAAAGAGAUGAUCAUCGACCCAAGAACAAGGGAAAAGGAGCCGCAUAGACCCCUGUUUAUUGAUGAGACUGAGGUGGAGAGGGUGAAAACCUUCAACUUCCUUGGCACACACAUCAGCGAGGACCUCACCUGGUCUCACAACACCCAACAAAUUAUGAAGAAGUCCCAAAGGAGACUGUACUUCCUGAGAAGACUGAGGAAAUUUGGCAUGUCCACCACAAUCCUGAGUUGCUUC